AUGUUUUCAGUGACAUUUGCUAUUGUCCUACUUUUUUUCUCUAUUGUUUAUUAUUAUUUUAAAUCCAAAUAUUUUACGUUACAUGGCCCUAUACCUGGCAUUCCACCUCACUUUAUGUUCGGAAAUUUACUUCAUUGCGCAUUUCUUUUACCAGGAGCUGGAUCAAUACCAGAUGUUUUUCUAUACAUGAGAGAAAGGUUUGGUGAUGUUUAUCAACUAUGGCUGGGAUCAAAACGUAUGAUAAUGAUCAAUUGUCUUGAAGAUGCACAACAUAUAUUUUCUCAUCGACUAAUCUAUGAUCAAGGUGAUGUUUUUACUAAAAACCUCAAAAUCAUAAAUCCACAUGGAGUUAUUUGUUUAAAAGGUGCAGAAUUCAAACGACAUGCUAGUUUUACGGCUCCAUUGUUCCGUCGUGCAAAAAUUCUUGUUCAUUUUAAUACAAUUACUGAAUGUACUGAUAAAUUAUUAGAUCGAUGGCGUACUCAAUACAAAGAUUCAAACGAAGUUCAUCUAGAUAUGAUUGAACAAUCACAACAAUUAUUACUUGGUAUAUUUGGUUUUAUUGCUUUUGAUUAUGAUCUUCAAACACUUGAGGAAAAUUCAGGCAAUAAUAAACAUGAACUUACUGAAGCAUUUCAUUCAUUUCUAAAUACUAUGCAAAUUGUUCUUCAAUUACCAACAUUUGUAGCUCGAAUCUUCUGGUUUUUAAACUUUAAAGCACGACGAGCACGAACUAUUAUUGAUCAAUAUGUAAACGAUAUGAUUGAACAUGAAUUAAAUUCACCAUCAGAAAUGAGAUCAGAACGUAAACGAACAAGUUUUAUAGCAUCAUUGGUAACUUCUUUACAAGAAGAUGAAAAAGUUGAAGCAGCGAAACCGGAAGAAGAAAAGAAAGGACUGUCUCGAGUCGAAGUAAUGAGUGAAAUGAUUGGAUUUCUUGGUGCUGGUUAUGGCACAACAUCAACUUCGCUUAUAUGGUUCAUUUAUUUUAUGAGUAAAAAUUCACAAAUUCAAAAUCAAAUCAAAAAGGAACUGGCUGAAUACAAUGGUCAACAUAUUUCACACGAACAACUGGAUUCACUUGUUUAUUUAGAAUGUGUCCUUCGUGAAUUAUUACGUUUAGUUGGACCUGCAUUAGGCACUGUUCGAACAUUAACAACGGAUGAUAAACUACCAGCAAGUGGAUUUGAAUUGAAGAAAGGUGAAUCAGUCAUGAUUUCAUUUUAUGCUUUAGCAAGAGAUAAACGUUAUUGGUCUGAUUUGUAUGAUCUCAAUGAAUUUCAUCCUGAACGAUUUCUUUAUGAUACAGAACAUAAAAAUAAUCUGUCUGCAUUGAUGGCAUUUGGUGGUGGUCAUCGACAAUGUAUGGGGCAAGAUUUAGCUCGAUUGGAAUUGAAGUUGAUUUGUGCAAGACUUAUGCAAUUUGUAAGUUUUGGUGAUGGUGGAAAUGAAGUAAAUAGUGGAGGAUAUGAUGUAACAAAUGUAAAUAAACCAAAGAAAAUUGGUGUAACUGUUAGAUUUGAUUAA